AGCAUGAGCUCCUACCAGCAGAAGCAGCCCUUUGUGGCACCUCCUCAGCCUCAACAGCAUCAAGUGAAGCAACCUUGUCAGCCUCCACCACAAGGAAAAUUUGUUCCCAUAACCACCACGGAGCCAUGCUACACAGAUGUUCCACAACCAGGAAACACUAAGAUUCCAGAGCCCUUCAACACUAAAGUGCCUGAGCCAGGCUACACUGUCGUCCUUGAGCCAGACUAUACCACAAUGCCUGGGCCAUGCACUACCAAUGCGACUAAGCAAGAUUAUACCACAAUCCCUGGGUCACAUUCUACCAACAUCCCUGAGCCAGAUUAUACCACAAUGCCUGGGCCAUGCUCCACCAACACCACUGAGCAAGAUUAUACCACAGUCCCUGGGCCAUGCACUACCAAUGCUACUAAGCAAGACUAUACCACAAUGCCUGGGUCAUUGUCUACCAACAUGGCUGAGCAAGACUAUACCACAAUGCCUGGGUCAUUGUCUACCAACAUGGCUGAGCAAGACUAUACCACAAUGCCUGGGACAUGCUCAACCAACACCACUAAGCAAGACUAUACCACAAUGCCUGGGUCAUUGUCUACCAACAUGGCUGAGCAAGACUAUACCACAAUGCCUGGGUCAUUGUCUACCAACACUGCUGAGCAAGAUUAUACCACAAUGCCUGGGCCAGGCACUACCAACGCCACUAAGCAAGAUUAUACCACAAUGCCUGGGUCAUUGUCUACCAACAUGGCUGAGCAAGACUAUACCACAAUGCCUGGGUCAUGGUCUACCAACACUGCUGAGCAAGACUAUACCACAAUGCCUGGGCCAGGCACUACCAACACCACUGACCAAGAUUAUACCACAAUUCCUGGGCCAGGCACUACCAACGCCACUAAGCAAGACUAUACCACAAUGCCUGGGUCAUGGUCUACCAACACCACUAAGCAAGAUUAUACCACAAUGCCUGGGCCAGGCACUACCAAUGCAGCUAAGCAAGAUUAUACCACAAUGCCUGGGCCAGGCACUACCAAUGCAGCUAAGCAAGAUUAUACCACAAUUCCUGGGCCAGGCACUACCAAUGCAGCUAAGCAAGAUUAUACCACAAUUCCUGGGCCAGGCACUACCAAUGCAGCUAAGCAAGAUUAUACCACAAUUCCUGGGCCAGGCACUACCAAUGCAGCUAAGCAAGAUUAUACCACAAUUCCUGGGCCAGGCACUACCAAUGCAGCUAAGCAAGAUUAUACCACAAUUCCUGGGCCAGGCACUACCAAUGCAGCUAAGCAAGAUUAUACCACAAUUCCUGGGCCAGGCACUACCAAUGCAGCUAAGCAAGAUUAUACCACAAUUCCUGGGCCAGGCACUACCAAUGCAGCUAAGCAAGAUUAUACCACAAUUCCUGGGCCAGGCACUACCAAUGCAGCUAAGCAAGAUUAUACCACAAUUCCUGGGCCAGGCACUACCAAUGCAGCUAAGCAAGAUUAUACCACAAUUCCUGGGCCAGGCACUACCAAUGCAGCUAAGCAAGAUUAUACCACAAUUCCUGGGCCAUGCACUACCAAUGCAGCUAAGCAAGAUUAUACCACAAUUCCUGGGCCAGGCACUACCAAUGCAGCUAAGCAAGAUUAUACCACAAUUCCUGGGCCAUGUACUACCAACACCACUAGGCAAGAUUAUACCACAGUCCCUGGGCCAUGUUCUACCAACAUCCCUGGGCCAGAUUGUACCAUGGUUCCUAGGCCAUGCACUACCAAUUUCUCUGAACCUGGCUUUGUGAAUGUCUCUGAACCCAACUAUACCAAGGUCCCUGAUCAGGGCUACACCAAUGUACCUGACCAGGGAUAUUCUAAGGUACCAGAGCCAUGUCAGGCUAAGGUUACUGAGGUAUACCCCACAAAUGUCAUUCCACAAUUAACUCAGCAGAAGACAAAGCAGAAGUAA